AUGUUCUUCGCCAACGAUCAGCGUGAGAAUGUCCGUGAAGAGAAUCCAGGCAUUACCUUUGGCCAAGUCGGCAAGGUCCUCGGUGAUCGAUGGAAGGCGUUGACCGAGAAGCAGCGCGAGCCAUAUGAGAAGAAGGCCGCGAAUGACAAGAAACGCUACGAAGACGAGAAAGCCAAGUACAACGUAAGCGUUCACUAUUUUCGAUCUCAGAUUGGCCAUGACUGA